AUAAAAGACUCCAGGCAGUGAAGAGAGAUGCACAGCAAUUUGGGGCUCUCCAGGGAAUCCUCCUGCUCUGGUUCUGACCAUGGGAAAGAGAGUGGCUGUCGUGCUGGCUGGCUGUGGGGUGUACGACGGGAGUGAAAUCCACGAGUCUUCUGCUGUGCUGGUGCAUCUCAGCAGGGAGGGGGCACAGGCAGAGGUUUAUGCUCCUGAUGUUGACCAGAUGCAUGUGGUGGACCACGUGAAAGGACAGCCAACUCAGGAGAAGCGCAACGUGCUAGUUGAAAGUGCCAGAAUAGCCAGAGGCAACAUCAAGGAUCUAGCUAAGCUGGAUGUCAAGGGGCUGGAUGCCCUGAUCAUACCAGGUGGCUUUGGAGUAGCUAAAAACCUGAGUACUUGGGCCACCCAAGGCAAGAACUGCAUCAUCUCCAAAGAGGUGGAGGAUGUCCUGAAGGCAUUCCACGCUGCCAAAAAGCCCAUUGGCCUGUGCUGCAUUUCCCCGGUGCUGGCAGCCAAAAUCUUCCCAGGCUGUGAGCUGACUGUAGGUCAUGACACGGAGUGUGAGAAAUGGCCUUAUGCAAAGACUGCUGAGACCAUGAAGGAACUUGGUUGCAAGCACGUGAACAAACACGUCACUGAAAUUCACGUGGAUGUGAAGAACAAGCUGGUGACCACCAGCGCCUUCAUGUGCAAUGCUCCCAUUCAUGAGAUCUACGACGGCAUCGGCAAAAUGGUCAAAGAAGUGGUCAGACUUGCCUGAAUGCCACAAAGCCGCAGAAUCCAUCUUCUCUGGAGUGCAGGCACUGAGCCUCGGAUAAUGUUCUUCCCCUUUUACACCCACAUGUCAACAGGCAAACUGCUACUCAGACGGAGUUCUCCCCCCACACCGGACCACUGGUGGCUGCUGGGGAGGGAGAACUCCGGAGCAAUGGAAGCGUUGUCGUGUUCUGCCGAGGAGACACCACUUACUGACAGCAAACUGGCAGUAAUGGGAGCGUGGGCAGGCAUCGAGCUGGCAUGCAGAAUUCAGGUUUCCACGGGGCUCAAAUAGAGCCGCUGUCUUUGGUUCUGAGUAGCUGAGGGUCCUGGAGAGCUGACAUGAGCCUGGG